AUGAUUGAAUUUGCUCGGGCACCCGAUGCCCACUGUGAUUGCUCCUCCCGAGAGCUCGCCGCCGCGAUCAGAUCGAGCAAACACUCGCGCGACCUCGAGCGCGCCCACUCGAAGAUCCUCGCGAGCGCCCACAAGCACGAUCGCUACCUCGCCAAUCUCCUCAUCCAGAUGUAUGGGCGCUGCGGUGACCUAAUCUCGGCGCGGGCGGUGUUCGAUUCCAUCCACGCACCGAAUGUUUUCUCGUGGACGCUCCUCCUGGCCGCCUACGCGGAUGCCGGGUAUCUUUUGGACGCCGCCGCCGUGUUUGAUGCCAUGCCCGAGCGCUGCGCCGUGACGUGGAACACGAUGCUAGCGGCAUAUUCCAGAUGCCAGGGUACACGCGAGACGGCGGCAUUGCUCGCGAAUAUGCCCGAGCCGGAUGUUGUCUCUUGGACUACUUUGCUCACAGCAUAUGCCAGUGUUGGGCAUUUUGAGCAGGUGAAAAGAGUGUUUGAUAGAAUGCCGUGUUGGAACUCGCAGUCGUGGAAUGUUAUGAUUGGAGCAUGCGUUAAGAGCGAGAAUCGUGACGCUGCUGAAAGAAUAUUUUGCGAGAUGCCUUUUCCAGAUAUCGUCUCGUGGAACCACCUUCUAUUUGCGAAUGCCCAGAAUGGGCAUUUUGACAAAACAAAGGACGUGUUUAAAACUAUGCCAUUGCAUGACAUUGCUUCUUGGACAACAAUGGCAGGCAUGUAUUUUCAGCACGCCAACUUUGUAGAAUCUAAAGAAGUCUUAGACGAGAUGCCAGAAUGGAACAUUGUUGUGUGGAACUCUUUCUUUGCAGCAAAUGCCAAAACCAGGCAUUGUGAAAGUAUAAAGAGGCUAUUUGAUUCAUUGCCAGAGCGUGACAUCUUCUCUUGGAAUUCGAUGCUUGCAGCGUACGCGCAGACCUCACAGCCCCGGCAUGCUCGCGAGAUCUUCGAAUCCAUGCCCGAGCAUGACACGAUCUCUUGGAACACGAUGAUCGCCGCCUACAGCCACCAUCACUCCCACCUCGAGGAUGCCCGCAGCCUCUUCGAUCAAAUGCCGGCGUGGGACAUCGUCUCCUGGAACUCGAUGAUCGCAGCCUACGCUCGCAAUGGGCGAGGCGACGAAGCCCUCAGCUUCUUCGCGGGAAUCGAUCACCCGGGAGCUCGCAGCGAGGCCACAUUCGUGAGCGCGCUGGACGCCUGCUCUGAUCUUACAGCGCUAGGCAGCGGCGCCGCCAUCCAUGCCCAGAUCGCUGGCGGCGCUGGAUCCAAUUCCACGCCUCUGGCCAACGCGCUCAUCCACAUGUAUGGCAAAUGCGGCAGCCUCGAUCGCGCAAUUGCGGUCUUCCAGAAGAUGUGGCGCCACAACGAGAUCUCGUGGAGCUCCAUGAUCUCGGCGCUGGAUCAAAACGGGGAAUCCGCGAGGGCGGUGGCGAUGCUGCCGAUCAUCAGCCUCGAGGGCGGGCUGGCCAACGAGAUCACCUUCACGGCCAUCCUCACGGCGUGCUCUCAUCUCGGGAUGAUCGAGCCGGCCUUCCAGUGCUUCGUGUCGCUAGGGCAAGAUUAUGGCGUGGAGCACAGAAUGGAGCACUACUCUUGCAUCGUGGACCUCCUUGGACGGUCGGGAUGGCUACCCGAGGCCGAGGAGCUCAUCCUAGCCAUGCCGUACGAGCCGGAUCCCAUGACCGUGGCCAGCCUGCUCGGCGCCUGCAAGCUCCAGGGAGACGCUCAAUGUGGCGGGAGGGCUGUACGGCGGCACCACAAACACAUGGCAAGCUCUGGACCGUUGGUGCUGGCUAGUGAGCUGGCAAUUGACGUGUCUCCACGUAAUUGUACACGGUGUACAGCUUAG